UAAUAAAAUCCCCACUUAAAUUAAGAGGCAAAACCCGGAUCCAGGUUCCGGCCCGUUACAAGCGAAACGUACAUACAAUCGGAUUCAAAACCUAACAAUCGGUAGGAACAGAAUCAAGGAACGAGCAUGUCGUCAAGAGCAGCAACUCCAACCACUACACCGCCUUACCCAAGUGCCGCAAGAAUCUCAGAUUCUCAAUGCUAUCCUCAAUACACCGCCUCUCUCAAAUGUCUGGAAGAAUUUAGUUCGGACAAGAGCAAAUGUCAAGAACAUUUCGAUGUUUACAAGGAAUGCAAGAAAAAGGAGAGGGAGGCUCGGUUGGAACGCAACAGGAACCGGUCCUUCUUCUCGUGAAAUCCUUCAUGGAGUUCUUAUUUCAACAUGCCCAGAACAAUAACAAUAUAUAUUUGAACUCAUAGGAAGUUCUGAUCCCUUUCAAGUAAGCAUUAUAUAUGUAGAAUUCCGUUCUGUUAAGGCCAAUUUGUAGAGCUUAACUCACUAUUACGAAUUUGGGAGAAGUUUCAUAGCCCUCUUUUGUACUACCACAAUAUGAGAAAAAUCAAUCCUUUCCAACGAGUUAAUAAUAUAUUUUUCCAAAUAAUUGUAUCAAACUGACAAAUAAGUUAUCCUUCUGUUGUUGCUUGUAAAGUCCAUGUAGUGUGUCUUGUUUUUUCUUUUCAUGGUGUUUGACUGAACUUGUAUUAUUGAUUUUUAUUUUUUCUUGAA